AUGGCUUUAUUUGGCUUGUCCGAAAAUCUGCUCGCCAGCGAUGGCCUUGGCCAGUGGUGGGUUCUGCUCCUGGUAGCCCUCUUCAUGGUCGGCGGAAGCCAAGUUCGAGCCAAGUCUCCAGACCCAAGAGAACCACAAGUGGUCAAACCCAAGAUACCACUUGUCGGUCACAUCAUUGGGCUACUGGGGUCAAGGCAAGAAUACUAUCGUCAACUCGGUCUUGAGAAUGCACACCUUCCAAUCUUCUCCGUUUCAAUGGGAGGCUCCGAGAAGAUGUACAUAAUCACGGCACCACAGUUGAUCCAGGUUGCAAUGAAGAACAAGGCUUUGAAUCUUUACCCAAUUAUGGCAGAGUUCGCACAGAAGAUGGUCGGCCUAGGACCAAACUUCAUGGAUUUGUUCCACAAUCCACCGACAGAUGGUUCCAUCUCAUGGAUCGAAGACCAGCAUCCAUCAUUUGCACCGCUGGCUCCCGGGCCUGAUCUGCAAGAGAUGAACACCUACGUCUUGAACAAGAUCUCCAAGACCAUCAACUCCAUUGGACCUGAUUAUGAAACCAAAAAGUUGUACUUGUGGUUUCGGGACUCCUUCACCAUGGCCACGGUGGGCUCCUUGUUCGGUGAUAACAACUCUCUGACGAAGGACUCGACGUUGAGUCAAUACCUGUGGGAGUACGACGGUGGACAGGCCCAGCUACUCAUGCAGCCGCUGCCCUCCAUAACAGUAUCGAAGGCGUACAAAGGCCGCGCCAAAGUUCAAAACGCUCUUCGGAAAUACUUCCGCGAAGAUUUCGAUCACAUCCACGAUGCAAGCAGUGUCGUCAAGCGGCGCGUGGCGGUCAACCGGAAAUGGGGCCUGCCCAUUGACGACAUCGCUGAUCACGAGUUUGGAAUGCUCUUUGUGAGCGUCACGAAUGCCAUCCCGACACUCUUCUGGAUGAUGUGCUAUGUAUUCCGCGAUGCCGAUCUCGUUGCGGACUUGCAAAGGGAGCUCCAAGCCAUUGCCGUGAUACAGCAGCAGGACAACGUUCCUAACGGGGGCCGGCCGUCUCGAAAGUGCACUUUCACCGUUGCCAAGUUUCGAACAGAAUGUCCCUUGCUGGUGUCCACCUACAAAGAGGUCAUGCGCUUGACAAAUCGUUCGACGGGCACACGACGGGUUGUUGAGGACACAUUAAUUAGCUACACACCAUCUGGAGAAGGUGGCGACACAGAGACAUAUCUCCUCAAGAAAGGUGCAAACAUCCAAAUCCCUGCCAUCAUUACCAACUUUGGCCCCAACGAAUGGGGCGAAAACGCGCACGACUUCAACCCGCGGCGGUUUAUGACUGCCGAUAGAGAAAGAGAGCGGGCGCAAAACCGCGCCUUUAACCCUUUCGGUGGCGGUAAGCACCUUUGUCCUGGCCGCUACUUCGCGGACGCGGAGAUCUUGGGGGCAAUGGCUGCGUUGGUGCUAGGAUUCGAGAUUGAGACACCGGCUGGUGGCAGGAUUGAAGUGCCGCCGAUCAAUAACAACUUGGCUGAGGCUGUUGGAAAGCCUUUGACGAGCGUGCAGGAAAACAUGCUGGCGAGAAUCCGUCGGAAGCCGGGUUGGGAGGAUGUGGAGUGGGCUUAUAUCGCGAACAACGUGGCAAGUUGA